ACUGACUCACUAAAGUAUAUUGUUGUUUCCGAUAUUUAUCGCGAGAGGAGUCAUGCUGUGACGAUAACACAGUGAAAUAUUAGGUAGUACCUUCGUAUCAGAGUAUAUAAAAGGUGUUGUUUACGCAAAAGCCCUAUCAGUUCCCAGCCAUGAUUAAAACAGUUGCCCUAUUGUGCCUGGUCGCGACGGCGUCCGCUUUGGGCGGACCAUGGAAGGGAAGCCUGAAGGUGCGAUUCGACAUAACCCUCUUCGGGAUCGGGACCUCAGCAUUCAUAGAGCUGCCACAAUCAGGAACCAAGGCUGUGGCAGCCGGAUGGAAGCAGAAAGAGAGACCUAAUGGCCCGGCUGGGUAUGCUAACCUCGCCAUGUGGUGUCCUAAGAACGAUUACACCGUAUGCGUGCUAAUUGACGACACUGAUUAUAUUGCGGGACUGCAAGUUGCGUUGAAUACCGAGCAAUUCUCCAACAAUAUAUAUGACUGGACAGCCCAGGGCUUCACUUACUGGACCACUGAACUAGAUGGAUCUGUUAAAAACUACUGGACGACUCAGCAAUACUAUGUUUCUACGGAAUUCCUUCAAACUGACGCAGCAGCGCGCAUCGCCGCUCGGAACCCGAAGUUGCUGCUACAAGACGAAGCCAUCUACGUGUCCGGCUUCAACGGCGAACCUUACAAGAUCUCAACUAACGUGUCUGAUAUUACCAGCGAUGAGUCUGACUUUAAAAAGAUGGCUUGUAUUCCUUGGAUGGGUCAACACUACUACUACAAAAUGGACGAGAACUUGGGUUGUGGACCAGGGUCCAUGUUCCCCUGGUUUCCACUGGUUGACUCCGACCAGUUGAUCGGCGUUGGUUUGUUGACAUUCGGCAAACAUGCGGUUCCAGAAGGCAACAGGGACUGGUUCGAAACACCCAACAGGGCUGCUGUAGAGGCCAUAGUUCCUCAUGGACCCCAGUGCAUGUACGACCAAGUUGAUAAAGUAGGAGUGGUCACCAUGCAUACAUACUUCAUCAAGCAUCCUUAUGCAGUCACUUGUGUAUUUUAAUCAGAUACAGAUAAUAUAAAGAUUUAACUGCUGGUGUAUGCAAUCUGUAAUUUUAAUAAAACCUGUAUGUUGUAAAUAUAUUUUUAUUCCUUUGA